GGCGGCUCCUCCUCGGGCGGCGCGUCCACUCCGGCGCCAGCAGCGAGCUCAGCGGGGCCCGUCUCUGAGGAGGAGGCACGGGACUCGGGGACCGACCGGCUGCCGGGCGACGCGCUGAACCAUGACGGGCGCUGCCUGAGUUUCAAUGCAACAUCAUACAACUGCUGCACAGAGGACAGAAAACUUGCCUUAAUCUGUUAAGACUUUGCUUUUCUGAAGCACAGCUUUGGGUGCACUGUCGAAAGAAUUUAAACAAAGCUGAUAUUUCUUAGUUGUCCAUUUUGUUGCAUUUACACUCUUAGAAACAAUGCUCAGCUUCAGCAAUGAGGAGUUUGACUUCACCUUCCUUGAUGAAGGCUUUACUGCCAAGGAUAUUCUAGACCAAAAAAUAAAUGAAGUUUCUUCCUCUGAUGAUAAAGAUGCUUUCUAUGUUGCUGACCUUGGGGAUGUCCUAAAGAAGCAUUUCCGAUGGUACAAAGCACUCCCUCGAGUAACACCCUUUUAUGCUGUCAAAUGUAACGACAGUAAAGCUAUAGUGAAGACACUUGCUGCUCUUGGUGCAGGGUUUGAUUGUGCUAGUAAGACUGAAAUCCAGUUGGUACAGAACAUUGGUGUACCUCCAGAACGAAUAAUAUAUGCAAAUCCUUGUAAACAAAUCUCUCAAAUUAAACAUGCUGCAAGCAGUGGUGUGCGGAUGAUGACUUUUGAUAGUGAAGUAGAGCUAAUGAAAAUUGCAAGAGCUCAUCCAAAGGCAAAGCUAGUCUUGCGCAUCGCAACUGAUGACUCCAAAGCAGUUUGUCGCCUGAGUGUUAAAUUUGGAGCUACCCUGAAAACUAGCAGACUUCUUCUGGAGCGGGCAAAAGAACUUGACCUUGACGUUAUUGGAGUCAGUUUCCAUGUUGGAAGUGGCUGUACUGACCCAGAGACCUUUGUUCAAGCUAUUUCUGAUGCCCGUUGUGUCUUUGAUAUGGGAACAGAACUUGGCUUCAGUAUGCAUCUGCUUGAUAUUGGUGGUGGCUUCCCUGGUUCUGAAGAUGUCAAGCUUAAAUUUGAAGAGAUCACAAAUGUAAUCAAUCCAGCAUUGGACAAAUACUUUCCUUGUGAUUCUGGAAUAAGAAUUAUUGCGGAGCCUGGUAGAUACUAUGUUGCAUCAGCUUUCACACUCGCUGUUAACAUAAUUGCAAAAAAAGUUGUAUUAAAGGAGCAGUCAGGUUCUGAUGAUGAAGAUGAUACUAAUGGCAAAACUCUUAUGUACUAUGUGAAUGAUGGCGUGUAUGGAUCAUUCAAUUGCAUCCUAUAUGAUCAUGCACAUGUUAAGCCAGUCUUGCAAAAGAGACCUAAACCAGAUGAGGGCUGUUAUUCCUGUAGCAUAUGGGGACCAACAUGUGAUGGCCUGGAUCGUAUUGUUGAGCGCUUUGAUAUGCCAGAGCUGCAAGUUGGUGAUUGGAUGCUAUUUGAAAAUAUGGGUGCCUACACAGUUGCAGCUGCUUCCACUUUCAAUGGAUUCCAGAGGCCAGCAAUAAAUUAUGUGAUGUCAAGGCCAGCAUGGCAACUAAUGCAACAGAUUAAGGAGCAAGGUUUCUUAGCUGAAGUGGAGGAGCAGGAUGUCAGUACUUUGCCACUGUCUUGUGCCUGGGAAAGUGGAAUUGAACAUCAUCCAGCAACUUGUGCUUCAACUAGUAUUAAUGUAUAGAUAUUGUUUUUAAUUGCAAGUUUGUUUUAUUGAAUAUCUAGGGCAUUUUGGGGACCAUUAACUUAAUUUCUUGCUAGAAUUUUUAAAUGUUUUUUUGUUAAAGUCUAGGGUCUGCAUAAAUGCAACAAAAUGAAUGACUAGGAGAUGGGGGUCACAUUAUCUGUGUUCCUAUGGAAACUAUGAAUAUUUUAUAUGGAUUUUUACUCACUCUCAAGUAUGCUACUAAAGAUUAACCCUUGACUGUCAGACAAGCAUUUGUAGCUUGUAUAUUGGCAGAAUGGGCUGAGCUUAGUGUUGUGACCUAGCUGUUUUAAAAUAAAGUAAUAUUGAAAUAA